AUGGUCAACAAACCUUCCAACCAACCAGGUCCGCAUGUUCCUAGCGACACUGGCAAAGACAAUGACGCCCAGGGCGUCAGGAAGCGCGACGUAAUCCGUGAUAUCUUUGGUUUCUCCAGAUCCAAGACAAAAGAGGUCGAUGCCACGGCCACUAACCAGGCAGUGAGUGCUCAAACCCCUCCUCAAGUUGUAGGACCACUUACUGCAUCCUCAGCCAGUGACGUUCACCCAGUUGCCGACCAAGCUGUCAUUUCCACGCCUCCUGUUGACAAGUCCCUGCCUGCACCUGUUGAAACCAAGAGAACCUCGAACAUCUUUCUCGAGAACUUACCCGCGCCUAUGAUGAAGACUGAGUUGCCUGCCGUCCAGUAUCGCAUUGAAGUCACCCAGCAGUUGGCCUAUUGCUGUGCUUUGAUUCGCCAAGGUUCAUCUCCUCCCCAAGUCACCGCUGCUGAACUUGAAGAGCAGGCCCCCGAUCCCGCCAUAAUACUGCAGAAGACCCCAAACCUCAACAAGAAGGAACUUGAUUGGCUUGCAGAGAUGGACAAGAACUUGCCUGCAAAGGAACGUAUCUCCUGGCUGGGAACACGCAUGGUCGACGAGUUUGCCAAAGAUGUUCUCAAAGACUCGACUGAGAUUGCCGAGAUUGUCCUUCUUGGCCCUGUCUUGGACAAGGAGACUUACCGCAGCCUGCUGUCAUGCACCAUCACUGCAUUCGAGCAGUCUACUCUUCUGAAUGUCGAUCUCCUGCAAGGCGUCGUUCAGUUGGUCCAAGUGGCCCCUCCUGACUCUCUGGUCUCUGACGACUUGGUCAAGAUCCUCCGAGUCCUUAGGAUUUGCUUGCAGGACACCCACCAGCAGUCCUCGGUGCACCCUUUUCAUCUCACACUGGCACUGUCGCGACUUCUUGACGUGAUGGCAGAGCACAAGGUCAAGGAUUUGAACCGCGUCGAGGAUCAUGAGCCUCUGUCGGGAAUCUUGUCAGGACUGAAGGGUAGCUCGGAUCCAUACCUGAUGUACCAAGCUUGCUAUGCGUUCCAGGCGCUGCAGUAUGUCCCUGAUGAUGAGAGCGCUCUUCAAUCAGUUCUUCGACACGGGACCGGGAUUGUCAAUGGCCUCAUCCAGGUUUCUGGUGUAUUCAAGUUGGAUCUGGGAGCAGUUCUUGAGGGUCUAAGCAACCUUCAAGAAGCACUCGGUGGCAUCAUAGGAGUUGACAAUGAUGUUUACAAGGGUGUGAACUCUGUGAUGGAGAGCGGCCGCGGAGUUCUGGAUGGUCUCAAGGAAGGACUAUCUGAAGGAAAGAAGCGGCCAUGGUACGCAGCCAUCCGUGUUGCUCAGGCUCUUCUCCAAACUGGCCAGCUGAAGGAUCUCAACCAACUCAUAUACGAGGCACCUUGUCGUGGUGACCCCUUGUUCCAAUGGGGUAUCUGCCAGAUUCUGGGAGAGAUCGCAUCCGAUGUCAUGUGGGAUAGCAAUGUCCACCAGCAAGCCGUCGACCUUCUUGGAGACCUGUACAAGAACGAUUCACAGUGGGGGAAGGAUGAAAGCGUCCAGAGCUGGAUGCUUCACAUUAUUGGUCAACUCAGCACUGUUUCUGACCAGGCUGUCAACACCAUCGCCAUUGCCUUACUCAAAGACCUCCACCAGGAUCAAAGCACCACCAUCCGACUUCCUUACCCGCUCAGGAACCGCCUUCCUCUGCCACCAUCAUCACCUCUACUCAAUGGCGUUUUGGCUAUCCCCGACAUCGAGUACGAUCUGCACAAGCUGAGGUUGCAGCGACUUGAGGAGUACCGCAAAGGCGUCUACAUCCCUCCCCAGGCCAAACCCAGCCUGAAGUCACCCGACGAUACGCUGUUUUCGCUCAUGGAGAAAGCGCUCGAGUUCUUGGGUAGUCAACGACAGGUGUUCUUGGUGCUGGGAGAUUCUGGUGCUGGCAAGUCGACAUUCAACCUGGAGCUGGAGCACACUCUGUGGAAGGACUACAAGAAAUACGGACCCAUUCCUAUCUACAUCAACCUACCUACCAUUGACGAUCCGACACACGACCUCAUCGAGAAGCAGCUCCAGUAUCUCAACUUUUCAGAGAACCAGAUCCACGAAAUGAAACUGCACCGCCAGUUCAUGCUUAUCUGCGACGGCUAUGACGAAAGCCAGCUUAAGACCAACAUUCACACCACCAAUCAGUUCAAUCAGCCAGGGCAGUGGCAAGUCAAGGUCGUCAUCAGUUGCCGUACCCAGUACCUCGGACAAGACUACCGCUCUCGCUUCCAGCCUCAGCCUGUCGAUAGCUACCAGCGUGUUGCGACAGAUCUCUUCCAGGAGGCGGCGGUCGCAGCUUUCUCCACAGCUCAGAUUCAGCAGUAUGUUAACGAUUAUGUCAAGGAACUACCCACAGUCGACCCUAUCCAUAACAAACCGACAUGGACAGCAGAGGAGUAUAUGGACAAACUGGUCAACAUCCCCAACCUCAUUGAUCUCGUCUCCAACCCCUUCCUCCUUACGCUGGCUCUGGAUGCUCUCCCAUCCGUAGUCGCCUCAAAGACAGAUCUCUCGGCAAUCCGCAUUACACGCGUGCAGUUGUACGACAGUUUCGUCAGGCGGUGGCUCGAGGUCAACCGUGAGAGGCUAGAAGCCAGCCCCUUGAGCAGCGAGGAGCGGUUGGAAUUGGACAUGCUUAUCGAGGACAACUUUCUCUACCAUGGAAUCCAUUACCAGAAAGAUCUCGCUACCGCCAUCUUCAUCGAUCAUGCAGGAAAUCCCGUCGUCAAGUACACCCACCUUCGCGACAAAAACACCUGGAAGGCCGCGUUCUUUAACCCCAAUGGCCAAGCCAAGCUGCUUCGAGAGUCGAGUACGGUGAAGCGGUCUGGCGCCUUCUUUCGGUUUCUUCAUCGUUCGCUACUGGAGUACUUUUAUUCUAGGACUAUCUACGACCCUCUCGACUAUGGCGAAGAAGCUGUUGAUGGCCUCGACGAGCGGGAACCGGGUCCUGAUCUCAUGACAUGCCUGUCUCAGUUGAACAUUAUCACGGAGCCAUCGAUCGUGCAGUUCCUGGCUGAACGAGUGCCACAGAAUCCAUCUUUUCGGCAGCAGUUACUGGAUGCUGUCGAAGAGUCCAAGGUGAAUGCGACGACUGAAGCGGUCAAGAUUGCAGCGAUGACCGCCAUCACGAUUUUGGUCAAGGCCGGCGUGACCUUUCAUGGCGCAGACCUCCGAGGUGUCAAAAUCCCUGGUGCCGACCUUUCCGGUGGUCAGUUUGACUAUGCGCAGUUUCAAGGAGCAGACUUGACGGGUGUCAAUCUUUCGAGGAGUUGGUUGCGAGAGGCGGAUUUGAGCGGCGCAAAGACGGAUGGUGUCCAAUUUGGGGAACUCCCGUACCUGGAGUUGGGUGACACUGUGCGUGCCUGUGCCUACUCGCCUGAUGGAAGAAUGCUUGCCGUGGGUGUAGGGAUUUCUAAAAUCGGCGUUGGCAUUUACGACACCUCAUCAUGGACGAAGACCUAUUCCAUAACAGCACCGAAUCUAGUGGAAACUAUGACAUUUUCACCCGACAGCACGAGGGUCGCGUUUGGAGGGAAUGAUGGGUUGGUUAGGCUGUGGGAUUACGCCAGCGGCCAAGAGAUGGUCGUCAUGGAAGGACACAUGUUCAAUGUUAAGUUCGUUGCCUUUUCUCCCUGUGGCCAGCAAAUCGCCUCAGCUGGAGAUGACCGAACAGUUCGAUUGUGGGAUUCGCAUACCGGAGAGAGUCUCUUUGUCUUGAAGGGUCACACGGACCAAGUCUGGAUCAUCAAAUAUUUUCCGAGCGGAGGGCGGCUAGUGUCGGGCGGUUGCGAUAAUGCGAUUCGGUUUUGGAACUCGGAGGAUGGAGCACCAGGGAUUGUUUUCCACUCUUCCUUGGGUGCGGUUUGCACUCUUGCCUUUUCUACUGACGGACGGUGGAUUGCUUCUGGUCAUGUGGGAGGUGGAUUGCAACUUUGGCACGCGGAGUCUGGAGAGCCAGGUCCUAUCCUGCAUGGCCAUACCGGACAGGUUAUGGGGAUUGCGUUUUCUCCUGACAGCCGGUGGAUCGCUUCCUCUAGUCGCGACGAAACGGUGAGACUAUGGGAUGCGUCGACAGGUACUCCCAUUAACACGCUGACUAGUCAUAAGUCCUUUGUGAACGAUGUCGUCUUUUCUCCGAAUGGCCAUCAAAUCGCAUCAGGCGGUACUGACAACAGAGUGCGACUGUGGGAUGUCGAAUCUAUUUUGAUGUCGAGUGUUGAGCAGCAGGAUCAAAUCGGGUAUGUACGGAGGACGGUGUACUCCCCGAAUGGUCAAACUAUCCUCGCAUUCGGCAACAACUAUACCAUCGACAGCCAAGCCGUCCAGCAAUGGGAUUCUCUCACAGGAGCGCCUGUACCACUUCCGAUUAAGGUUCCAAAGUAUCCAUCAGUCGUGUCCGUCUUAUAUUUAUUAGACGACGUCCCAACCGCGGUCGUCUCUCAAGAGGGGACUCUUCGAUUGUGGGAGCUUCAGGACGGAAGACGAGAGACUACUCUGGAAGGCUCCGAGCCGGCGAAGAACGUUACCAUGUCGCCUUGCUGUCGUUGGAUCGUGUCUGUUGACUGGGACAAUACCGUGACGCUGUGGGACCUUGCCAGCACUCAUCAAAAGCAUGUACUUAUUGAGCAUGGCGGACCCACUCGCGAGGAAAUCCGUAGCUUGGCAUUCUCGGCGACCGGACAUCAACUCGCAGUCGGCGCUUGGAAUGGGAACAUCUGGCUCUUCGACCCUCAAUCGAAAGGUCUAAUAACGUCCAAGUCGGUAUAUCGUGGUGUUAACGCGAUAUCGUUGUCGCCCGACAGUCAGCGGUUUGUAGUCGGAACCUACGAAGGCUCGAUCUACCUUUGGGGCGUACAGUCAGAGGAGCGUGCUAUCGAGCUGAGAGGACACACGAAGAUGGUGAAUUGCAUUGCCUACUCGCCUUGCGGUGAAUGGAUUGCUUCCGGCAGUGAAGACAAAACAGUUCGAGUCUGGCGCAGGCGGGCACCACCAGGCGAUACGGAGAACUGGUCGUGUGUCUCGACGGUCCAUGGUUACUUUGGCGUAGUCAGUGACAUUGCCUGGAGUCCGAUUGUCCCUGCGGAAUUUGUCACUGGCUGCGAAGACGAAUCAGUCCGGGUCUGGCGAGUGUCGAUCGAUGGUGAGGAUGUUGUCGUCAAGCUAUUCUGGGGUACCAAUCUUGGGGUUCUUCACACCGCCGGUCUUGUGCUCAAGGAUACGAUUGGUCUUAAUCCGAUGCAAAAGAAGUUGUUGGUCCAGAGCGGUGCCAUUGAUGACUCUCUGACGGAAGGAGACGAACAAGACGAUUAUACGGGCUCGGAAGGAGAUGAUGAUUAUACAAGCUCUGAAGGAGAUGAAUCUGAGGAUUAUACAGGCUCUGAAGGAGAUGAAUCUGAUGAUGAGGAGCCGUCGAAAGCAUAA